AUGCCACUGCACACACCUCCGCGCUCGCGCUCGCGUAGCGACUCCGACAGCGACUUCGGGCCGCAUCCUAUUAUUGCGUGGCUUAAAGGCUUACCAUUGCCAUCGCCGCCUCUGCAUUCGUCGAAGCGGAAGCACGCGCUCAUCAUAGCCGGCCAUCAGCCCGAUACAAAGCGUCGCAGGACGGGCGAUCAGAACGAGAAGAAAAAGAAGAGCACGAAAUCCACAACGUCGGCAUCAACGGACACAGGAGAUAGCGUUUCGGAAGACUCAGGGCGGUCCAUCAAGCAGAUCAGCGAUACGCUAUUCGCGUUUGAGCCGAUCGUCGGCAGGGACUAUGAUCUAAAAGAUUUGCCAGCAAGACUAGCCGACAUGUUUAAGCGGGUCAAGCUCUUUAGCAUUAGUCGUAGUGUCUUGCCUAACCGGCUCAAGGCCUCCGACCCUCCUCUCCUCCCCGACGACCCCGAUAACGAAUACCUUGCCUUCGACAAUGAUAACUCCCGCGACCUCCUUGGUCCAAUCCCCAACCAAGACACCGUCGACCCGAAGAUUGAAAGACGCCUGCUCCCACAAUAUGGUAGCCAGAAGACACGCAAUGUCGACUUUGCAGUCGUGCUGCAGAUGGAUACGCAGGAGGCGAAUUCCGUGAACGCGCUCGCGGCUUGGGACACGGAUUUCUCCAUUAAUCAAACACUGUACUCGCCCCUGAGACGUGCGCCUAUCGCUAUAAGCUUGGAGGCAAAGCCUGCAGCCGAGCAGUGGCGGUCCGCGGAGCUGCAGGUGGGUAUCUGGGUCGGGGCUCAUUUCAAGCGGCUACAGGAGCUGCUUGCUAUGCACGAGAAGCAAGAAGAUACUAUGGAACCGCUUCCUGCGCUGCCGCUGCUAGUCGUUCAAGGCUCGAAGUGGCACUUCCUCAUGGCGGAGCGUGAGCGUGGGGAGGGCAAGCAGACCACAAUCUGGGGCCCCAUCCAGUUUGGUGACUCAUGCAAUGAGCUAGGCGUCUACCAGAUUAUUGCAACUCUCCAAUACCUUGGUAAAUGGGCAACGACAGAGUACCGCGAGUGGUUUGACAGGAAGGUGCUUCGUUUACCUGUAGCGGGCUCUGCUGCUGCGGCUUCUAUAGUAGACUCUGUCAUGGACGCGGAACCGCGAACGGGCGGAGGACUUGAAAAUAAUAGCAUGGUGAAAGACACAGUGUACGAUAUGCAGCUGGACGCCAACUUAGGAGCAGACAGCUGUACAACUGGGAAUAGAGGUAAAGAAUAA